UCUUAUUUUGGUAGGUCACUUCCGCAAAUGGCCAAUGGCUGUGUGCAGCGUGCACGAUGGCUUCAUCGCCUGAAGAGUCCACUCUUCUCGGCUUGUGCGAUGGAGAGAUAGACGAAAACAAGCACCAAUCUUCCGUCUUCACCAACAAAAUCGGAGGUCUUCCGGACUGGCUGCCCGGCCUUCCGUGCCAGUCUCCCCUAUGUAGGCGCUGUUCAUCCCCGCUAACCCAUGUGGUGCAAGUGUACUGUCCUCUGGAGGAAUCCUCCUACCACAGAGCCAUCCACGUGUUCGCCUGCCCGGCUGUGGAGUGCAGAGGCCGGGCAGAGAGCUGGACGGCGGUGCGCUCUCAGAGCCUGGAGGCCGAGGUGAGAGCUCAGCGGACUAGCGGGAAGCAUGAGCCCGUGGAGGAGGCUCCUAUGUCGUCUAGCGACUGGUGUGACUCCGCUGAAGAUUGGGGCAUGGAAGAGGAGGAUGGUGGCGCUUUGAAGAUGGACAAGCGUGUCCUGGAGGAGGAACCAGGCAAGAAACAUGUCGAGGAGGAACCAGAAUUUUGCCAAGCGCCUGAAGGGGACGUUGUCAACGGACUCCGCCUCCUCCAUCUUGCAGAGGGGCAGGUGGUCAGUCCCCUCCUGCGCGCCUUCUUCAUCAGCGUGGUGGAUGAGUCUGAUGUGGCGGCGGGGGAGGAAGACGGGCUGGCGCACGCCGAGGAUCUGCUGAGGGACUACGAGAGGAGAGAGCGCGUGGCCGUGGGGCACAAGGGCGGCGGGGACAAAGGCGGCGAGGAGAAGUACGAGAAGAGCCGAGCCCGUCACGGCGACGCCGUCUUCUCCAGGUUCACGAAGAGGAUUUCGUCGUGUCCGCAGCAGAUCCUGCGUUAUUGUCGUGGAGGACCGCCUCUCUUCAUCUCGGAGCCGCCAGCAGACGCUGGCCAGCUGGUGGCGCCGUGCGACUCUUGCGGAGGCCCGCGGACCUUGGAGCUGCAGCUGAUGCCCGCACUGGUCAGCCUGCUGCGCUGGAGGGACGACGGGGCCGAGGCCGAUCUGGAGUUCGGGACGGUUCUGGUCUACACGUGUACUCGGAGCUGCUGGACGUCGCCGCGGGCGGUGGAAGAGUUCUGCUUUGUUCAAAUGGACCCGGACCAACAGCUUUUUAAAUAAACCGCUGAAAGACGAAGAAGCGACUUCUUGUUGGACUUUUUCUAAUUUAGGCUCACAGCACAGCAGCCACAUGACUCGGCAAACAGGAAGUAUCAAAAAUAGAUUUCUAACCGACCAAUAAAAAGUUUUGUUGCUGAAGCAUUGCCUGGCUCCUCCCAGUGUAAAAAGAGGCACUUGCGGCGCCGUACUACGGCAAGGCGACGUCACUGGACUUGUACUCCCAGUCGUACUGGCGAGGCUGGUCCAACGGGUCGGGGCGGGCGCCACUGAGGCUGCUGACGUCUCUGCCGAUGAUCUCGUUGACUGCAACACAAGCAAGCGAGAGACGCGGGUGAACCCGACUGAACCGGAAAGCGUUCGCUAAACAGAACCAUGAAGUCGGUUUGCGAGUGCAGUGACACGUGACUCCAGCAGGGGGUGCACUCGCAGUGCUUUCCAUUUGUACUGGAAAGUCAAGAUUUCCGAGUUCACCCGCGGAAUUUCAACCGGAAUGCCAAUCGAGGUCGGAUUUCAUUAUCAGAAAGUCAGAGCAUUCUCACCACCCCUGAGUUGGCUUCAAAGAUGGCCGCUGUGAAUGUAAACAGUAUAAGCUUCUAGAACACAGGUGUCAAACUCAAGGCCCGGGGGCCAGAUCUGGCACGCCACGUCAAUUUGUGUGGCCCCCGAAAGCGUGGAAAUGUGUAAAUAAUGUACUUUAUCUUUUCUUAAUAAAUGUAGUACAAAAAUACUUGUACUAUGUACAAUUACAUAUUUACACUUUAAUCGUGUCUAAUAUUAAAACAUUUUAUAUCAUCAUACAUUUUAAAACAAUGUUAUUGUUCAAUUACAUAUUUUACACUUUAAUCAUGUCUAAUAAUAAAACAUAUCAUACAUUUUAAAACUAUUAUUGUUCAAAUAAAUAUACAUUCUUAAAUAUCUGCUUGACUUUUGAUUUUAAAGCAAGUAAUCCAACAACUCUUCAUGUAAAAAUGUUACAAUAAUUUUUUUUACAGUAAAAUCCACUUUCAGUAUUAAUACACUAUAAAACCGUGGAUUUUACAGUAUAAAAAACUUGCAUGAAUUUUCACGUAAAAAAAACCCAAUGGUACCAUUUUUCCAUUCCAGUUAAUUCCAUGUAUUUUCUAUGCCGUAAAAAAAAUGCAAAUAUUACAGUAAAAUUGUGGCAACUGAGCUGCCAGAUUUAUAGAGUACUAUCUAAAGAUUUGUAUUUUUUUACGUACGCUGUACAAAACCAGACAAUUAUACAGCUGUUUUAUGUAUACACAUUUAUAUUCAUACUGUAUUAUAAACUGUUAAACGCGGCCCUCUGAGGGAACCACAACUGCGAUGUGGCCCUCAAUGAAAACGAGUUUGACACGACUGCUCUAGAACAUCCGCUAUUAGUGUUUGUUGCACUAAAUCAGCAAUACUCCAUGUAAUGUCGAUCUAUUUAUAUAUAGUAACGUGUAAACUACAUUUCAUGCGGUUUACAAACUCUACAUCGCUAGCAAUGACGUCCGUGUUCGAAGGUAGCACUAAGAGUUCAAAGUAUAACAAAAAAAAAUAAAAAAUAGAAUAUGCGCCUGGGGAUAGGUUGAUUGGCAACACUAAAUUGGCCCUAAUGUGUGAAUAAUGUUUGUCUAUCUGUGUUGGCCCUGCGAUGAGGUGGCGACUUGUCCAGGGUGUACUUCGCCUUCCGCCCGAUUGUAGCUGAGAUAGGCGGAAGCGCCCCCUGAAACCCCAAGAGGGAAUAAGCGGUAGAAAAUGGAUGGAUGGAUAAAAAAAUAAAAUAGAAAUGACAACACUACGCACACUAGACAAACACUAGAUAAAACAGAAACAUAGAUAAAGAUAGAAAAAAAAGCAUGAAAGCACAGGAUAAAACCUGUUUAUGUUCCCAUAAAUUGUAUCCAGACAAGGCAAGCGCAAGAAUGUGGCCGUCUUGAUUUCCCACCUCAGCAACUUGCCCAGGUAAAUGGAAAGCACCUUAAGAGUGGGUUACCUUUAGCCCCGCCCAAAAAGUUUCUACUGGGUCACAUAUGGAGGUUAUUUUGUAUUUGUAUUACAAAAGCAUUUUUUGACACUAUUUAUGUAAAUUAAUUGUUUUCACAUCAAUUAAAACAAUUCAGUGCAGGAAUAGUCGAUUGGUUCUGAAACAGGAUCAAUUGCUUGAGUCUUAAUUUAACAGAUGUGUGCAUGGAGGUUAAUUUGUGUCUUUGGUACAAAUUUUGGGGUUUCUUGGCACUGUACUUAUGUAACAUCAAAUUAUGCUGACAAUUUAACUGAAUAAAAUAAAUGGUGGGCAAAAUGUAUGUUUAAAAAAUUCAGUUUGUUCAAAUGUUUCAGUGUUCAAAAAAUUUGGUGCAAGAAAAUUCAGUGGAGAAAUAUUAGUUGCUUCAAACCUCACUUGAUUGGUUGGUUCUGAAACAUGAUUUAAUUUAUGGGAAGUUAUUAGAGGUUUGUGUUUUUAUUACAAAAGCUUUUUUCUGCACAGAAUUUUUGUAAAUAAUUUUUUGCUUUGAAAUUUUGUAAACUGAAUUUUGACAAUUUAAUUAAUUAAAAAUUUGAGAGCAAAACUUGUUUGAAAAUUCUGUUUUAUCAAAUAGUGUUUCACAAUCCGGUGCAAAGAAAUUAAUUGUAAACAAAUCUGUAUAAAAAAAUUCAGUGCAGAAAUAUUUGUUGCUUCAAACCUCACCUGAUUAGUUUUUUUCUAGGAUCUAUUAUUUCAGUUUUAAUUUACUGAAACUUAUAUUUGAGGUAAAUUUGUCUAUUACAAAAGCUUUUUUUGCCACUGAAUUUUGUGAACUGAUUUUUUUACAUCAAAUUAUACUGACAAUUUAAUUGACUAAACAUUUGUUAGCAAAAUGUAUGUUUCAAAAUUUAGUUUGUCAAAACACUGUGCGUAAAAAUUCUGAUUAAAAAAACUAGUGCAGAAGUAUACUUUUUGAAGCUGAAAAUACAGAGGAUGAAAUACUGGUUAUAGAAGA